UUUCGGCGGCAUCGAAUUCCACUUCGGACGCAAGACGAAUCUCGACCGUGAGCGAACCCAUGUUGGUCCUAGCGUACCAAGGUCGAGCCGAUGGAGCCAUUCCGCAACGAAUGCAUCCCGGAACUCAUCUACCAGUACUACGGAUUGAUAGGACGUGCAGGUGCUAAUAUCAAUGCAGCGCUGGACGAAUUCAGCAACGUCCCACUGAAUCUCAUCGCCCUCUGUUGCAACGCCAUCGAAGCAGCGCUGAUGGAGGUGAUGACAAAUCAGCCCACCGUGUUCACCACCAAACACUUCGCCCCAAAGUGGGAUGGUAUGAUGGCCGUCCUAGAGACUCUGGAAGCAAAAGCUUCCGAGUACCUUGAGGACACACAGCAGCUGAUUUGGAAACAAGUCAGGUCACGCUCUCGUCUCAAUGCGGGCCCCAAUGCGCUCGAGGUGUCUGACGAAGACGACGAGUGGCCUGGCGGGUUCAUCCCCCUGCUCCAGUUGUGCGCGUCAAAUCCGCAGAGCAAAGAGCCUGGUUCGUCAAAGGCAGCGAGCCAGCUGGUGUUGAGCUCGACGAAGGCGUCGAAGAUCGCAAGCCAGCCACUGUCCAGCUCUGUGAAGGCUGGCAAUACCCCUCCGAACCCACCCAAGGUCGCCAAGAAACCACGUAGCAUGGGCGCGUCGACAUCAGAGUCAGUGGACAAGAGACGACGCAAUGAUGACGACGGCUCCUCAGCCAACAGUGACGGCUGGCCUGGUGGACCCGGAGACAUCGAUCAUGAUGACGAAGGGAGCGGAAUCGGCGAGGGUGGCAGGGAUGGAGCCGACAUAGACGAGCUUAAGCAGUCUGGUGAAGGAGAACCUACCGCCGGCAACUCCAUUCAGGGAGGUGCCUGAGUUCAUCAAUGCAAACGUGCUCGCGCAUUUACAUAUAUCAUAUCUACUAACCUCCGUACUAUAUCGUGAACUCUGUAU